GCGGAGCCUGCGCGGGGCCAGCCUGGAGCGAGUCGGGAGCAGGCGGCGAGACCCGAGCGGUGGGACCCGAGCGAAGGCAGCGCCGAGGCCGCGGUGCCCCGCCGGGCCGCCCCAGCCGCCGCCAUGGGCAUCAAAUUUUUAGAAGUUAUCAAACCUUUCUGUGCAGUUCUACCAGAAAUUCAGAAACCUGAAAGGAAAAUCCAGUUUAGAGAGAAGGUACUAUGGACUGCCAUAACUCUCUUCAUUUUCUUAGUAUGUUGUCAGAUACCACUAUUUGGAAUCAUGUCAUCAGAUUCUGCAGAUCCUUUCUACUGGAUGAGAGUUAUUCUUGCAUCCAACAGAGGAACUUUAAUGGAAUUGGGUAUCUCCCCAAUUGUAACAUCUGGUUUGAUUAUGCAGUUGUUGGCUGGAGCCAAAAUCAUUGAAGUUGGAGACACACCCAAAGAUAGAGCUCUAUUCAAUGGAGCCCAGAAACUAUUUGGUAUGAUCAUUACCAUUGGGCAAGCCAUUGUGUAUGUCAUGACGGGCAUGUAUGGGGAUCCUGCUGAAAUGGGUGCUGGCAUCUGUCUCCUUAUCAUUAUUCAGUUGUUUGUUGCUGGUUUGAUUGUGCUGCUGUUAGAUGAGCUGCUACAGAAGGGUUACGGCUUGGGGUCUGGUAUUUCCCUCUUUAUUGCCACCAACAUCUGUGAAACCAUUGUCUGGAAGGCCUUUAGUCCCACUACUAUUAACACUGGCAGAGGUACUGAGUUUGAGGGUGCAGUCAUAGCACUCUUUCACUUACUGGCCACCAGGACAGACAAGGUCCGCGCUUUACGGGAGGCUUUCUAUCGUCAGAACUUACCCAAUCUCAUGAACCUCAUUGCUACGGUUUUUGUGUUCGCCGUUGUUAUAUAUUUUCAGGGAUUUCGUGUUGACUUGCCCAUCAAGUCGGCCCGGUAUCGAGGACAGUACAGUAGCUACCCCAUCAAGCUCUUCUACACCUCGAACAUUCCCAUUAUUCUCCAGUCGGCCUUAGUGUCAAACCUGUAUGUUAUUUCCCAGAUGCUGUCUGUUCGAUUUAGUGGCAACUUUUUAGUAAAUUUACUAGGACAGUGGGCUGAUGUCAGUGGGGGAGGACCUGCUCGUUCUUACCCGGUGGGAGGCCUCUGCUACUAUCUUUCUCCUCCCGAGUCCAUGGGCGCCAUCUUUGAGGAUCCUGUCCAUGUGGUGGUUUAUAUCAUCUUCAUGUUGGGAUCAUGUGCAUUCUUUUCUAAGACAUGGAUAGAGGUGUCUGGUUCCUCAGCCAAAGAUGUAGCUAAGCAGCUUAAAGAACAGCAAAUGGUAAUGAGGGGCCACAGAGAUACCUCUAUGGUUCAUGAACUUAAUAGGUACAUCCCCACGGCGGCCGCGUUUGGUGGCCUGUGCAUCGGCGCCCUGUCGGUGUUAGCCGACUUCCUCGGGGCCAUCGGCUCUGGCACUGGCAUCCUGCUUGCGGUCACUAUUAUUUAUCAGUAUUUUGAAAUUUUUGUCAAGGAACAGGCUGAAGUCGGUGGGAUGGGUGCUUUGUUUUUCUAAAUGUUCCAACAUUUCUUCUUGUGUGUGUGAAAGGGAAAAUACUUUUGACACAAUGUUUUUGUCCAGUAAUGCUGGUUCCCCUUUCCUUCCCUCACAGUUUGUGUUCACGUGCUCACUGGCCCAUUUGUGAGAUGGGCGCCGAGCUGAGCCUGUGUGCAGCAUGAGUACCAGCUGCCUUAAAACUAAAGUUUACAUUAUUCGUUCGAAAAUGUCCCUGUAGUGUUGCCUGUGAUGCUGGAAAGCAGUGUAGCUGCCGUGCCCUGCUCACUUGUGCCGGCGAGACGGUGGUGUGGAUCGGUUUUGCACACAACAUUCAGAACACUCUCUUCCCCCCACUUGUUUAAAAAUAAAUGUAGUUCAAAUUGCCACUUUUCCAGUAUUUUUGAGCUUAUUUAAUGAGUUCUGGAACAUUUGUAUCUAAUCUGUAUUUUAGAUAUAAUUAACUUUUUAUACUUUUUUAACUCCUUGUAUCCAUGGUCCCACCCCCCUCUCCCUCCCCCCCACCCCACACCGCACUUGGCCCCUCUCAGGGCUGCCCCUCAGCCCACGUGCCCCCUCCCCCCCCGUGGAGCUUCAGUUCCAGCAGGUCCUAGAAACCCCUGCUUGUAUAAUUACUCCUCCUGGUUUUCAUUCCUUUCUUCCCAGUGACAGCAGUCGGUGCUGUUUUACUGUAUUGGCUAUGCCUUUGAAUUCCAACACAUCACUUGAGAAUAUUCUUUCAAGAUACGAUGCCCCAGUUCUUUUCUUUUUUUUUUAAAUCCCUAAAGCAAAGCUCUAAUUCUCACGCAAUGUCUGUGGUUCAGUGGGGGGUGAACAAUGGGUAAUUCAUGCUAGGAAUUUGUGUACGUUGUUGUACGUGACAGCAGCAACAUGGGUGUAAACAGUAGAAAAUAAAACUUUAUUUAAUAAAACUGUUUCAGUUGUGUUGGAAAAAUAAAAUCGGAUAUUAAAUGAUUUCUAAGAUUAUUUGUAUAGGUUCAUCGUGAUCCUACAAAACCCAUCCUGAGAGGUUGUGGCAAGAGGUCAAACGUAAUUAUCAUUUAGCGUUUAAUCCUAGACCUGUUGAGGAACAGGGACCAGCUUAAAGGUGCUCAGUUAUGCGACUGACACUGGAAAAAAUAGGAAAACAGCGGUCUCAGGUGACAUCCCAGUCUCCAUCCGAAGUAGCACAGCUCUUUAUAAUUUUUUAAACUGUGUGCUCUGUUGGCCACAAAGAGAUCACACUUCAUUUUUGAAAGAUCCUUUUCAGAAGUACGGGUUUCCAUUGCUUCCUUUCUGAGUAAGUGCAGGAAGUGCAUCUUACUUAGGCCGGAUCACAAAGCCAAAUGGCUACAGGGAGACAGAUAAAACAGAACCUGCAGGACAGAACGGUGGUCAUCUGGAGGCCAUCUCCUCAGGGCCUCAGACCACUGUGACCAUAGAAAUGGGGACCCAGUGUUGUCAUACAUGAUUUUUUUUUUCCCCAAGAGAAGGUGGAAAUAGGGCUUUUUAUGGGAAAGCUUGAACUUUCAAAUGCUCUUGAAUGACCAGUGCGAGCCACGGGAAACAUCCAGACUGCCGGCUCUUGAACUGACCUGACCUCCCAAGUACAGCCUUGGACGUUUAAAGGUUCACAUAAAGGGCAUUAGGGGUGUGUCCUAGGAUUUAGCUGUCACUUCUAAUUUGCAUUCUUGGGACGAGAAAAAGAAAGGACAGGUAGGGGUUAUACAGAUCUCUCUUCCACCAACAUUUAAAAGGAGGUUUCUCAGUUCUUGGGAGUGGCUUUGGAAGAGCUGGUCUGUUCGGAGACUGGCCUGUGCCUGAGUCUGUGUGUUUUCCAUAUGCCGUCUGUUUCUUGAUUUUUGAAGGAGGGCAGUAACGGGGGAGAUUAUAGAACUUGGCCUUUGGGAGCUCGGGGAGAAGGAGGAGGAUCUCUGGAGAAUCAUGAUGCCCAGGACUAAAAAUAAGGAUUUUUUUAAAAGGUUAGGGGCUCAGGGGAAGGCUACUAUUAGAGCAAGUAGUUAGGGGCCUAAAUCUUGCAAUAUUUACAGAGUAGACUUAAUCUAGACAGUUCUCCAGUUCCAUAUUUUCCUCCUUUGUUUAGAAGUCUAAUAGAUCUUGUAUUUUUGCUCACAAAAACAUGUCUCGACACCGAGAUGAACACAGCGAUACACUGAAUACACAGUGACGCUGUAGACAAAUGAACUCUAUUACAGCGUUCCUGGCAUCCGUAUCCUGGUUUUAUCUGGUUUGAGGGGCCUGAGCCCCGAUUUCAGGCUGGCCAGGGAGCAGCACUCUGAGACUUCCAGUGGGGGCUCUCCAGAACGAUCCAGCAAGAUCGUUCUGGAGCCGCUGGAGGCCACAGAAGUCAACACAAGGGCCGAGCUCAGCCAAGAGAUGAGGAAACGGCCCAGGACCACUGGUAGACCUUUUGGAUGAUGGGGGCUUUAGGCAUGGCCUGAGCCGGAGACGGUGGCCCUGUUCUCCCCUGUAAGGUAGCUGGACUGGGUUUCUGGUAUUUGCUGACCUUGCUGGCUACACUCCAGGUUCGACACCAAGACAGUGAUGCCCCCCAGCCACGUAAAUGGAUUUGGUUUUAGAAACCUGAAGUACUUCCUGAGGUAAGGAUAGGAAAUGAAAUUCUAAAGUAUAUACACCUGCUUGAGGGAAGGGCCCUGUAUUUUCAUUAGCUUCUUAUUAACCUUGUUAUACUGAAUGGAAUCAAUCAUUUUUCAUUACCUAACAGCUUGUUUACCUUCAGUAGUUAGGUGGUAGGAGGACACUAGCCAAAUGUAAACAUUUGCUUCUCAUGAAAUGUUACUCUCUGGUGAUUUUACACCCUGCUCUAGCGGGUAAUUAGGAGGAGGACCAAGAAAGUCCCUGUAUAGGCCCGUCUUUAAAAAAAAAAAAAAAAAAAAAACUUUGUUUCAAACACUGACAUAGUAGAUAGUUAUUUGCAUACCUAGUUACAGACGUUUAUAUGGGGGCUGAGGGUGGGAAUAAUUGACCGAAUUUGGAAUUCAGGUCAUUUUUCUUCUAGAAAUAUCCUGUUGGGAG